AUGUCCACAUCUCCCCAUAUUCCCAUGUCCCCCUGUUCCUGUGUCCCCAUAUCCCAAUGUCCCCAUAUCCCAAUGUCCCCCUAUCCCCAUGUCCCCAAUGUCUCAGUGUCCCACUAUCCCCAUAUUCACCUCUCCCCAUAUCCCCUUCAUGUCCCCAAUGUCUCAGUGUCCCACUAUCCCCAUAUUCACCUCUCCCCAUAUCCCCUUGUCCCCAAAUCCCCAUACCCAAAUGUCCCCAUGUCCCCAUAUCCCAAUGUUCCCCUGUCCCUGUGUCCCC